AUGGAUGUAUUACAAUCUAUGUACGAUAAGCAACAAAAAAAAAUAGAAGAGGCUAUGCAGGACAUAUCGUCCCUUAAAAAUGAACAUACUAAGCUUCGCGAAAAUGAAAUAAAAAUAAAUUCCAGAUUGACUAUUAUGGAAAAAGAAACAAGAGUAAAUAAUUUAGAAUUUCAGUGCAUACCAGAAAACCGUGGUGAAAACUUAUUCAACACUUUACAACAAAUAGGAAAAACUAUAGGUAGCUAUAUAGAAGAUGGUCAUAUAGUCAAAUGCACCCGGAUUGCGAAGUGGAAUAAGGAGAACAAUCGUCCAAGAACUGUUUUGGCGAUGUUUGCAACACCCCUAUUGAGAGAUAAAUUCUUUGCUAAUCUAAUAAAUUACACUAAAACCCAUCCGUCUGAUAAACUGAACUCUUCACAUUUGGGAAUAGCAGGUGAAAAAAUGCCUGUCUUCAUGUGUGAACAUCUUACCCCGGAAGCUAAGGCAUUACACGCAGCUGCUCGUCGAUUUGCCAUAGAGAAAUCGUAUAAAUUCGUCUGGUCGUGGAAUGGUAACAUCUACUUAAGAAAAGCGCCGUCCAGUGAGGUAGUUCUUGUUAAGAACUUGGAGUUCCUUAACGAAAUUUCUUAA